AUGAUAUAGAAAAUAACAUACUUUGAGAAUCUUGAGAAUUUUUUAAGCUCUUCUCUAUCGUCUCAUAUUGAUCUAAAUAUUUGCUUUAGAUAAAAUAAAAUAGGUACUAAAGGUCUACCAGUUCUAUGUUAAUCAUUAUCAAGUUGCAACAACCUCUAAUCCUUAACACUCAAUCUCAUCUAAAAUAAAAUUGGACCAUAAGAAGCAAAUAUUUUAGGUUCUGCUUUUGUAAAAUGUACCAAUCUAUCAACUUUGAAUUUAGUCCUUUAGUAAAAUUAAAUUGGAUCACAAGGUAUGUCAAUAUUAGGGCCUUUUUUAGAAAAAUGUAAAAAUCUCUCCACUUUAACUCUUGACCUUUAAUAAAAUAAAAUCGGAUCAUAAGGCACAUCUAGCUUAGGCAUGGCUUUAGCACAAUGCCCUAAUAUCAAAUGUCUGACACUUGACCUUUUUAACAAUUAAAUAGGUGACAAUGGAGCAUAAAGCUUAGGAAUUGCUUUACAAAAUAAUAUUAAUUUAUAAAUAUUGUUGUUAGAAGUCAGGUAAAAUUAAAUAGGUAAAUAGGGCUCACUAAGUCUAGGAUAGGCUUUAGCAUAAUUGACUAAUCUGUUAACACUGACACUUGAUUUUUCAUAGAAUUAAAUUGGACCAGAGGGAGCAUAAGCAAUAGGUAAGGGCUUAGCAAAAUGUACUAAAUUAUAAGCCCUUAUACUAAAUUUAAUGUAAAAUUAAAUCGGAUCAUAAGGUGCAUUAGAUUUAGGUAUUGGUAUUGCUAGCUGCAUAAAUCUCUCUAUUUUCAAAUUGGAUCUUUUCAAUAAUUAAAUUGGUGAAUAGGGUUCAAUGUAAAUAUCAUCUGCUUUAGAAAAUUUAACUAAAUUAUAAUCUUUGACUCUAGAUUUUGCUUAAAAUUAAAUCGGAUCCCAAUGUGUAUACGCUUUAACCUCUGCUUUUGCUAAAUGCUCUAGCAUCUCAAAUCUAUCACUUAACCUUUACAUCAAUAACAUUGAAUCAUAGAGUGCCUUGUCUUUAUGCUCUACUAUAGCAAGAAUUACUAAGCUUUCAACUCUGACUCUCUACCUAAGGAAAAAUUAGAUUAAUCAGUAAAUAAAACUCUGUUUAAGGAAUAAGCUUCUCAAAAUAAAGAGAUUAGUUUUUUAAUUUAUUGUUACAUGA